AUGGCUGACAGCAUCAACAGAAACCCACACCCGGACUUUAAAACCGUCGAGGCGUCGCGUCCGGAAUGGGAAGCGGACCAGGGCUUCCACUACACCAAAACGGCCGAUCCGCAGUGGACGUUUGGCCAGGGCCGCAACAGCCUGCGCGACGCCGGCGCCUCGCAGCCGCACGUCGCCAUUGACCCGCACGCCGAGGGUCGGCCGGCCACGUUCAACUACAAGCUCCUCAUCUCGGCCAUAACUCCGCGUCCGAUUGCCUUUGUAAGCACGCGCAGCGCCGACGGCGCCGCCACCAACCUCGCGCCCUUUAGCUACUUUAACUUUGUCGCCCACGACCCGCCCAUCUUUGUCAUUGGCUUCUCGUCGUCCGUCGCCAACGCAAAGGACACGCUCAAGAACCUGCUCGACACCAAGGAGUGCGUCAUCAACAUCAUUUCCGAGACGUACGUCGAGGCUGCCAACUCAACCUCCAUCGACGCGCCCUUUGGCGCGAGCGAGUGGAACGUCAGCGGCCUGACGCCCGACUACUCGUGCGAGACGGUCAGGUGCGCCCGUGUCAAGGAGGCCGUCUUCAGCAUCGAGGCCAAGCUCGACUCGUAUCGCGAGUGGGAUAGUCGCGCCAAGCCCGGCAGCAAGUCCGGUACCACCGUCUUUCUCGAAGGAACGAGGUUUUGGGUGCGCGAGGACGCGCUCAAUGAUGACAAGAACCUUGUGGACCCGGCUAUUCUGCGGCCCAUUAGCCGUCUCGGUGGCAUCACCUACGCUCGUACCACGCAGGCUCUGGAGAUCCCUCGUCCAAAGUUCAAGGAGGAGCUUGGAGGCCAGGAGGGCUAUGAGAAGCUAGCUGAGCGUUUUGAAAUUUAUUUUUUAAAAAUUUUAUUAAAACUAAUUAAUAAGUGCCUGAGUCGCGAGUCGCCAGUACUCAGAAAAACUCAAUAUCACGGCCUUAGGCCUAAUCUGCCUUGCCGUCGGAAAAGCGAAGGCAGCAAAGCCACGUCAUCUGUUUGGUGGCGACAGAGGCCGGCCUCUUUGCCAAAAGUCUUGCAACCCUGCUCGCUCCAGGAUCGGCGUGUGGCACAGAAAGAUAUCACAAUCAGAUCACGAGGUCAAUCCGCCGCUUUCGAACCCGUCAUCUGCAUGUCUCGCCGCAGUUGCACUGCCAUUCGAUCCGACUGUGGUUAA